CACAUAAUACUAAAGGAACAAUUUCUCUUUUUUGCUGAAUACCUACGACCCUGUGAGUAAAGAAAAAAAACCUGAAAGUUGAGCAGAAAUGGAGAAAAUGGUGCUGAUGCGAUCUUUGUAUCGAUCGAUAUGCCGCAGAUCUACUGUCUUCGGCGCGGCCGCCGCCACAACCUCCGCCGUCAACCACCAGUCCCUCCGCCACCUCCAUUUCUCAUCCCAAUCUUUCUCAGCUUCUCCUAGAAACCCUGUUACAGAAUGGAGGAAUCCUUUCACAAUGGCAAUUGGAAGCAUGCGUUCUUUCAGUGAGGAUUUGUCUCACAUGCCUGACAUAAAAGAUCCGGAGGUCAAACGUGCUUUUAAAGACUUAAUGGCUGCAAGCUGGCAUGAGCUCCCAGAUGCUGUCGUCUAUGAUGCCAAGAAUGCAGUGUCCAAAAGUACUGAUGACAAGACUGGCCAGGAAGCUUUGGCGAGUGUUUUCCGCGCUGCGGAGGCAGUUGAGGAGUUCACGGGUAUUCUCACAUCUCUGAAAAUGGAAAUUGAUGAUGCUAUCGGUUUAAGUGGUGAGGAUGUGAAGCCUCUGUCAAAAGAAGUCUCUGAUGCAUUGCAAACAGUAUUUCUACGCUACAACGCAUACAUGAAUGCCUUUGGGCCAGAGGAGGGAUAUUUGAGGAAGAAAGUUGAGAUGGAACUGGGGACCAGGAUGAUACACUUAAAGAUGCGAUGCAGUGGCCUUGAUUCUGAAUGGGGAAAGGUUACAGUACUUGGGACUUCUGGACUUGCUGGUUCUUAUGUUGAGCAUAGAGCAUAGGCCUUCAACGAUGGCAGAUAUACCACCGUGUUUUUGUCUUCAAUCAGUUGAAUGAUUGUUGUUUUAGAUAAAUACAGGCUGCUUCAAUAUGAUCUGUUAUGUUGCACUUGGUUCGCAAGUUUGAUCAUGUGAUUGCUACAAUAGGAAAAUGAUAAUAAUCCAAGAAACUUGUGCAAGGAAAUACUUUCUUGAAUAUUCAGAAAGUUCUAAUCUUUGUUUCUUCAAGGUG